AUGGAUUUAGCUGUAUCCCACGAGGAUACUGAGAUCUUGUUGAAAGAUAAAAAUGUCCUGCAAGAAUCCGUCCUUGACAAGUACAGAACGGCGGGUCAGAUCUCGCAGACCGCUUUGAAGUAUGUCACAGGUUUGAUCAACGACAUGUACCACUUCAAGAACACUGAUCGCCAGUUGCGUAUAGAAGAAUUGUGUCUUCUUACCGAUUCCUUCAUGAUGACGCGUUUAGAACAGUACUAUAAGCACAAGGUCAACGAGAGAGGUAUCGCCAUCCCAACGACCAUUGACGUCAACCAAAUCGAAAGCUCCUGGUGCCCCGAGAUUGAUGACAUUGCCAAUUUGGAGAAGUGGAACAAAGAUCAGAUCACCCGUGAGGACGCACCUUACCACUCUGUUGUGCAGGGGCUAUUGAAGGAAGGUGAUGUCGUGAAGAUCACGCUUGGUGUGCACAUCGACGGUUACACCUCAGAGGUAUCUCAUACGAUGGUCAUAUAUCCAGUGGAUAACUCUAUUGAUGGUCAGCCCAAACCAGCUGGUCCUCUACUAGGUGGUAAAGCGGACGCUGUUGCCGCUACAUAUAUCGCGAUGGAGGCUGUCGUUUCUCUGCUAGCAUGUUCUCUUACUCCCGAGAAAUUACCCGCUUCCUUCGGUUCUGCUGUGAACGGGUACGCGAUCAGGUCCAUUGUGGACACCAUUGCUCGCUCUUACAACUGUGCUGUUGUGCCAGGUUCUAGAGUACGUAGAAUCAGGCGGUUUCUAGCGGGCCAAAACGAGGGUAUUGUCGCAGAAAGAGAGUAUAAAGGUGUCAUUUGGACUGAAUCGCACGAGGAGGCCAAAUUGUUGGCUAACACUGAGGUGAAAGAUAUUGCCGUCUCGCAGCCUUCAGUUCCUCGUGUCGUAUCUGCUGUCCCAACUGACGAUUUUGUUGUGAAAGCCGGAGAAACCUACUUGAUCGAUUUGAAGUUUGCCCCGCUAGAGAACUUGGAUAAGAAAGGUUUGGUUAUUUUGGAGACUGUGGAUGCCUACACCGGUAAAUCGCACAGGCAGAAUCAGUUGAUUGCGAGAUCUGGCGCUUACUUGAGGGAUUACGCACAGUCUCACACUUUGAAAUUGAAGACGAGCAGACAGCUCCUAACCAAGAUCGAUAACAACGGUGUGUACCCCUUCAAACUUUCGCACUUGUCCUCCGCUUUCCCCAUAUCGAAAGAGGGGAACCUGGACGAUCAAUUGGCAGCGAUCAGUGGAGACUUGAAAUCUUUCAGGUUGGGUAUGAGCGAAAUCUCGAACAAUUAUUUGUGUGUCGAGAAGCCAAUACAGGUAGCCCAAUGGGUUCCAUGGGAGCACAUUUUGAAGUCUAACAACCCUAACGGUAACCUGAGUUACGACGCAUCUGCAGCAUUGACGUUGCCCGGGCACGACCUGCCGCUACCAAAGCUGGGUAUGUCCGCAUUGAAACUGAAAGCCGUUGCGAAGUCCACGAGGGAGACCGUGGAGCUACCGGUGAUCCGUGAAUGCAGCACGGUUAUACUGUGUGCGGACGACGUUGGUGUCAACGGUAGGCCCGAGGUGUUGAGAGCUACCGGUGGAUCCAAGACAUGUGCCACCAGCUGGGUGCACUCUGUUCACGAGAUGAACAAAGAGGAUCCAAUUGUCCAAGGCAUAUUCCAGCUGGGUGUAUUGAGUCAAGACAAGAGGUUUGGUUUGAACAUCAGAGAGACACAGCCCAUGAAGCACCGCGUGGAUACCCCUGUCAACGAUGCAAUGGAGCUGUAA